CCGUGUCUCCCCGGUUUGUGGCCGGAGAGCCGCAGCAGGCCGCUACAGACGGAGGCGGAUCAGAGCUCCUGAAUCCGCGGAGCGCGGAUCUGCUGCCCAAAGCGCGCAUUAUGCAGGCGGACUGGCCGGGAUGGACACAGCGCUAAUGCUGGGGAGAGGAACCGGCCUCUUCUUCAUCAUCCUCUUCUCCGCCAGAGGAUCACGGGCGCAGAAAGGUGAUGGCUGUGGGCACACUGUGCUUGGGACAGGCAGUGGCAGUAUAGCAUCUCUGGGCUAUCCUUUGUCUUACCCGACACACUCAGUUUGCGAGUGGGAGAUCAGUGUGAGUGCGGGAGACACGCUCGUCCUGCGCGUGGCCGACCUCGAUAUCCACACACAAAACUGCCAGGUGUCCUACUUGCGGCUGUUCAACGGCAUCGGAGCAGGCAGGACAGAAAUCGUUAAGCUGUGUCAUGGAGAUGUGAGAGGGCCGAGGGUGGUAGAGUCAGCUGGCCAUCAGGUCACGGUGCAGUUCAUGAGUGGACCUCACAGCCAUGGCCGGGGAUUCUUCCUCUCUUAUGUCAGCAGCAAACACCAAGAUCUGAUCACCUGUUUGGAGAAAGGAAAUGACUUCACUGAAGCUGAAUUCAGUAAGUUUUGUCCUGCGGGGUGUCUGACUGAUUUUGGUGUGGUGUCUGGAACCAUCCCCCAUGGCUACAGAGACUCCUCACCCCUUUGUCUGGCUGGCAUCCAUGCUGGUGUGGUGUCAAACACGCUGGGGGGCGCGGUCAGUGUGGUCAGCAGCAAAGGCAUCCCACACUAUGACAGCACACUGGCCAACAAUGUCACCUCUGUAGCGGGGAACCUCUCCCCCAGUCUCUUCACCUUUAAAACCAGCGGCUGUUAUGGCACUCUGGGUCUGGAGUCGGGUGUGGUCAGUGACUCUCAGAUCUCCGCCUCCUCUGUGUGGGAGUGGGGUCGUCAUGGCGACAAGCCAUCUGUUUGGGCACCCUCGGGGUCUCGGCUGAAAAGGGUGGGGCUUCCAUGGGCAGCUGCGAAUAGUGACUCAAAACAGUGGGUACAGGUGGAUCUGAAGAGAGACAAAAAAGUAACAGGAAUAAUCACCACUGGCUCCACCCUACCUGAGUACCAGUUUUAUGUUUCUACUUAUCAUGUGCACUACAGCAGUAAUGGACAGGACUGGACAGCCUAUCAGGAAGCAGGCUCAAAUCAAGAGAAGGUUUUCCAAGGAAACACCAACUACCUUCAGGAAGUGCGGAAUAACUUCAUUCCUCCAAUUAUAGCCCGGUUUAUUAGAAUAUGCCCCUCCCAGUGGCACCAGCGGAUUGCCCUCAAAAUGGAGCUGCUUGGCUGUCAGUUACAUACAGCGAGGCCACGAAUAUUCUACCCUGCAGCUCCUCCUCCACAAAGAAGCACUAUACCUCCAUUACAGGGCCGGACAACACACACACCCAGUGUUCGAAACACCACCAUGCCCCAGCACCCUCAUAAUGAGGUGGCACUCGUGGCAGUAUUGGUUCCUGUGCUGGUGGUGAUUCUCACUGCUCCAGUGCUAGUCAUAGUGUGUGCAUGGCUGUGGAAGAGUAGGAAAAGCCCUGAAGUGACCUAUGACCUUCCACACUGGGAUCGCACAGUAUGGUGGAAGAGCAUGAAGCAGCUAUUGCCCUCUAAAUUGGAUGGGGAAGAGUGUGUUCGCUACAGCUCCACUGCCCGAGCGGACCACCAGAGACCACAGAUGGAGCCUGCAGAAUACGCUCAGCCACUGGUAAGUGGUACCAUGACCUCUCUGGGCCAGAGAUCGACGUUUAAGCCGGAGGAAGGAGCUGACCCUGAGUAUGAUGCACCUUUGACCCCUGAACAAUACCAUGCCUAUGCUGAACCCCUGCCUGCCUCCAGAGCAGAGUAUGCCAUUCCCAUCACGAUUGACAGAGUCAAUCAUGUAUCAGGAGCCACUCUGGCCUUCCGGGGACCAAGUUUGCUGGCUCAAACAGACAGCAGCCAAUCAGGAAUGUCCAUGUAUGACACGCCCAAAAGCACAUCUGACCAAUCUGCACCAGCAGAAGGGCAGUUAUACCAGGUGCCUCAGAAUUCCCACAAUACACCAUGCAAAGAAAUAGACUGACCAGUCACAGCAUGGUAGCCAAGUCUGGGCUGAACUUUGACCCGAAGGAAAACAAUCUUCCUCACAGAAAAUGCAGACAAGUGUGUGCAUGUGAGUGCAUGGUUGUGUUUGUGUAAAUGUCAAAUGUUCCUGUCUUUUAAAUAGCGUGCCAUACCAGUCCUAUCACUGAAAUAACACACAAGAAUGUCUAAGAGAGAGAGGAUGACAAAGUUAGACAGGGAGACCGUUACACUACUGUUUUAGGGUGCCUCUAUAUGUAAGUCUGUGUCUAAUUGUGUGUGUGUGUGUGUGUGUGUGUAUGUUUGCAUGCGUGCACAAGUGUGUUAUAUACACCAACCGGCCACUUUUAAGUUACACAUACCUUGUAUCUAUACUCAUUGUUCGUUUUAUCAGCUCCAUUUAACAUACAUGUGUCUGUCUGUGUGUGUUGUGGCAUGUGCAGAGAAACAGACUAUAGUGGGUAAUUGUAGAACCUCAAAGUGCACCAAUAUGGUAAGUGAACAAUGAGUGUAGAUACAAGGAGGUAUACAUAAUGAAGUGGCUGGUCGGUGUGUAUGUGUGUGUGUGUGUGUGUGUGUGUGUGUACAGAACUGUGCAAAAAGCAGAGACUCCCCUUUGUCAGCAUCAGUAAAUAAGCAGAAAACAGAAAACUACACAGAAGGUUCACUAUUUACAUUUAGUUUAUUUUUUCUGGGCUCUGUGGUUUCGUUCCAUGAUUCUGAGAACACUAGCAGCUUCUCUGUCUGAUUGUCUUCUUUUUUGUGUAUUUCUUUUUCCCAGUAACAGCUUCUUGACAGCUGCACAUCUUUUCAGACGCAUAGUGUGUUCUCAUAGUAGAAGGAAAGUAGAUUAUUUUGUAUCUGAUCUCCUCAGAAAUAUUUCUUGAAAAAUGAAAAACAUGACUGGAAAUGAAAUAAACAAAGGGUGGUAUUCGGCUUUUGCACAGUACUGUAUGUGACUGUUCUCUGGCCAUAAACUGUGAGUCCCUAAACAUUUUCUUCAUAGCUGAGAGGAGUCGGUCCCUUAGUCUUACUCACAAAAUCCUUUCUGGUGAGAGGCAGUGGACAAAAACAAGCACCUGUAUGUCCAUUGGGUACUUCACACUGUUCUUUUCAGACUUAUCUGGUGAACUGAUUACUGUACUUCGUUUUUUCUAUCACUUCCUUUGCCUCCACAAGUUUUGUCCAAAAUCAUCCCUUCCGUUUCCUCUAUCUGACAGUGCCAAUUUAAGAAAGUAUUUUUAAGAAAGUAGAUUUUUUAAUAGGUUGCCUGUCCACUGCUAAUUAUCUACACAAGUUGGCUUCUAGUGUAAAGGCUCAGUAACGACAGACAUAAGGUGUGUAUAUAUAUUGCUGAAAAAUGAUACAAAUCCCUCUUCAUCAGCUUCAGCGCUUUAGCUCUUUUGAGAAAGUUUUUUUCAUCCUCAUCCAUGCAAAAGUAUGUUUAUUAAUCCUGCUUUCACACCCAUCUCACAGAAUGAAAAAAAAAAACCUGUCACUGUUCUCAAAGCCAAUAGUGCUUUGUAUUUAUUUGAGUUUGUUUUUUUUUAUUUCCUGCUGAGAUAUGACAGCAAUGUAGAGUGCCCAAACCACUAACAGCCCAAAGCUAAGCUGUCCAGCGCUCAUGGAUGCACUGUUGUCAUAGAUACACUGUUGCCGUGCAAUGCCUUUCCAAAUGUGACACUUUCGUGAUGACUUUAAAUAAUACGAAAUGAAGUUGCCAAUGUGCUUGCCAGACAGGAUUCACAGAGGACUUUGACUGAAUACAUUUUACUGUGCUUUAGUCUCCAAUGCCAAAUAAUGGUGAACGGGUCCAAUGUAAUCAGCCAGCCAGCAAUGUAAUGUUCUCAUGUUAGACCAAAUGUUGCCUUUAGGCAAGGUUACAUUCUGACCAAUAUGUGUGAUUUUCUUUAAACCUUUAAUAGUUGAUUGAACACUAAUGCUACAAUCAUAUCUCCACUUGAAAUGGUAAGCCUGCAGUUAAAUUAGAGAUGAAAAGUGUGUUUUAUGGUACUAAGAUUGAAUGUUCAGUUUAGAAUAUUAACAAGCAGAAUCUCUGCUUUUCACUGAUCUUGUGACACAGCAGUGGAGGUCAUGAACACAUAGUCCGCCUUGAUGUUUCACAGUGUUCUAAUGUCCACAAGGGCUGAUAGUUUGAAUGUGGGUGUCCAAACUGUGUAUCCAUGUCUUUGUCGGUGUAUGUUUCUGUGCACUGUAUUCAUGAAUGUUUCUGUGUGUGUGUGUGUGUGUGUGUGUGUGUGUGUGUGUGCGCGUGUGUGUGUAUUUGUAUGCAUCAUGUGUAUGUGUGUCUGCUAUUCACUGUAAAUGGUUUUCUGAAUUAUGGAUGGUACUGUAGAAUGACUGUAUAGAAAAAAAUGAAUUUAAAAUGGCAAAUUAAAGUUUUAAUAAAAAAUAUAAUUUA